AUCACUGGAGGUGGGCCCUUGACUCUAUCUGAAUUUCUCCUUCUUCCCCCUCUUCACUCCCCCUCUUUCCCAUCUCUCUCUCUCACAUACAAAUGAAGGCAGCUUCCACUUCCCACUUUUAUUGUCUUUGUCGCUCUCUUUCUCUUUUCAUAUUUCCCAUCAGAUUGCCCCCCUCACUUUGACAGAUGACAUUUCAGGCAGCAACCAAUCAGCAGCCAUCAUUACCCCCCCCCCUAAAAGGCUUUGCUUCAAGCUUCCCUUCCUCCCCCCCCACCCCAAUCAACACACCUUGGUGUUGUCUCAUUGCACAGCCUCCCUCCUCUCUUUCCUUCUUGGGAGGCACUGGCAGGGGCUGACCAUUCCAUCUGAAUUUGGCAUAACAGUACAAUUGAACUCUCGCACUGGAAAUCAGAGCGUGACAGAAGCUGUACACGAGGUCAUUACUGGAUUUUUUUUCUAGUUGGAUUGCCCAAACUGCAAGCAAAUUUUCAAGUGUGAAUACUCCUAUCUCUCUCAUGCACGCUUUCUUUGCUUCUCAGAAAAUAGCUCCCAUCUCUUGAGAAAUCAUUCUGCCCCAAAAAUCAUGAAGAGUAGGUUAGUGGAGCAAGCCACCAACUUCCAGAGUCUUGCUAGAGACCUAGAGCUCAAAAUGGCCACUUGGAAAGAUGAUUCCCAUGUGGGGGAAAUGAACUGUGACAAAAUGGAGAAUAAUCAAGGCAGAAAAACUGUGCUGUUGGAGAAAACAAAUGGUCUAUAUGACAAACUUCACAGUGAGAACAGGGAUGAAAAAACUGUACAGUAUGUGUUAGAGGGACCUUUCUGGAAGUUCAGUGCAGGGAAACAAAUAGUUGUUAAUAAGGAUGUACUGGAACAGAAGGAGAGUGCCUUCACUGAAGUGAGGAGAAUGAAGCUGAUAAUUGAGAAACCUAAAAAGACAGAACAAGGAAAUGAAGAGGCUUACUUUAGGAAAAAUGGCCAAGUUUAUUGUUCAUCAGGCAGUGCAUUCUCUUGUGUAUGGCCCAUCAGAGCUUCUGAGGAACCAAAGAGUGCUUUCAGCAAGCCAGCAAAAGGCCUACUGGACCAAAGAGCAAUGGCUGCCACUCAUCAUGUGAGUGAUCCAGGGAGAUGCUCAGGGAAGCUGUCAGGAUGCAUCAGUGCCACUGACCUCAAGAAGUACAAAAACCUUUUGACUUCUAAGUUCUUUGUGAGUGAUUUGACCAGCUCUCCAUUGCUGCAGACCAAUAUUGCUCAGAGCAACACUUUCCCUUAUAUUUCAGGAUUAUGGCCAAGGCAGACAAAAGAGCACAUGCAGAUCACAUCCACCUCAAACUCCUCCUUUGCUUCCUUGAUGCUGUUGCCUCCUACCUUCACUUCCUUUGGUACAGAAGCCCAGAACUGGUGUGCAAAAUGUAACCUCCCUUUUCGCAUGACGUCUGACCUUGUGUUCCACAUGCGCUCCAAUCACAAAAAGGAGAGUGUUUCUCCAGGGUCCUGUGGCAAAAGGAAGCGGGAAGAAAAAGUGUCUUGUCCUGUCUGUCAGGAAUAUUUUCAGGAGCAGCAUCAUUUAUCUCGUCAUAUGACUUCUCAUUUUUAGGCUUAACUUGAUCAUUUGACAACUGCCAUCCGCCGGCCUGAGAGGGAGUUCGCCAGGCAAGUCCAGUUCCAUCAGGAUUAAGCCUGGAAGAA